CAUCCUGUAGCAAAAAUCUCACAAAAGAACAAAGGAAGGACUAAUACCUUCUUUGAGGGAUUGUGAUGAAAAAUUAUAAUGGGCCGUAUUUUAUCCUGCAUUUUCUGAGUACUGAGAAUUGUUUUGAGUAUUUCCCAGAAUUGGAAAAACAAAACAAACAAAACAAAACAAAACUCUGUCAGCUAAGUAAUGUUACUGUAUUCCUUUUGCAGGUACAUUCAGAUAAUUAAGAGAUUGAUCCAAGGUCGAAGCUGGCAGAUAAACAGAGCCAGGACUUGAAGGCAGUCAGCUUGGCUCCAAACCUUGUGCUUUUUAACUCUGGUGCCAUUUUGCCUCUGGGAAACAGAGUAUAAUACGUGUAAAAGAAUCUCUGAAAUGCAGACCUCCAGCUCUAGGUCUGUGCACCUGAGUGAAUGGCAGAAGAAUUACUUUACAAUUACCUCUGACGUAUGUGCAUCAGGACAGAAGGCAGAUGCAUACCGUGCACAGAUAUUACGCAUUCAAUAUGCAUGGGCAAACUCUGAGAUCUCCCAGGUCUUUGCUACCAAACUGUUCAAAAAAUAUGCAGAGAAGUAUUCUGCAAUUAUUGAUUCUGACAAUGUUGAAACUGGCUUGAAUAAUUAUGCAGAAAACAUUUUAACUUUGGCAAGAUCUCAACAUACUGACAGUGACAAGUGGCAGUCUGGGUUGUCAAUUAAUAAUGUUUUCAAAAUGAGUAAUGUACAGAAAAUGAUGCAAGCUGGCAAGAAAUUUAAAGACUCUCUGUUGGAACCUGCUGAUGCUUCAGUAGUGAUCCAUAAGGAGGCAACUGUCUCCAGUCUUCCUAAAUUUAGUAUUUAUAGUGGUUCUGGAGAGAGUGACCUGUCAUCUCACUCCUCUCGUGUUGAUAGACCACAUAGGACCCAAGAUAUCCCAGAAAGCCAUCCUUUGAAAUGCCCUCCGAGUGCCCAGCCAGUGAUGGUGACCAACACCAAGACAUGCCCUGCGUUCUCGGCGCCAUUGAGUGAGUCAGCCUCUGCAAAAUUCCGUGUUACACCAUUAUUUGGAAACAUCAGAAAGGAAAAUCUGAGCUUUCCCAAAGCCAACAUGGGACUAAAUAUGUUCUCAUCUAAUCAGUCUUAUUUUCCUUCUAGCUGUGAAAAUUCACAAGAAAGAAAGACCUUCUAUGGUUCUAGCACCACUGAUGCACUUUCCAAUCCAAUACCAAGCAAAGCUUUUAAUAAAACAGAAGAUAGUGGCCAAAGGGAGGAAAAUAGCCUACCUUCUUUUAAAACCGCAAAAGAACAAUUAUGGGUAGAUCAGCAAAAAAAGUACCACCAAACCCAGCGUCCCUCAGGAUCUUCAUAUGGUGGUGUAAAAAAGUCUCUGGGAGCUGGUAGAUCCCGAGGAAUAUUUGGGAAAUUUGUUCCUCCUAUACCUAAGCAAGAUGGGGCAGAGCAGAAUGGAGGAAUGCAGUAUAAGCCUUAUGGGGCAGGACCUACAGAACAAGCACAUCCAGUUGAUGAGCGUCUGAAGAACUUGGAACCAAAGAUGAUUGAAUUAAUUAUGAAUGAGAUUAUGGAUCAUGGACCUCCAGUAAGUUGGGAAGACAUUGCAGGAGUAGAAUUUGCUAAAGCCACAAUAAAGGAAAUAGUUGUAUGGCCUAUGUUGAGGCCAGAUAUCUUUACUGGUUUACGAGGACCCCCUAAAGGAAUUCUUCUCUUUGGUCCUCCUGGGACUGGUAAAACUCUAAUUGGCAAGUGCAUCGCUAGUCAGUCUGGGGCAACAUUCUUUAGCAUCUCUGCUUCAUCCUUGACAUCUAAGUGGGUAGGUGAGGGGGAGAAAAUGGUCCGUGCAUUAUUUACUGUUGCAAGGUGUCAGCAACCAUCUGUGAUAUUUAUUGAUGAAAUCGAUUCCCUUUUAUCUCAACGGGGAGAUGGUGAGCAUGAGUCGUCUAGAAGGAUAAAAACUGAAUUUUUAGUUCAGUUAGAUGGAGCAACCACAUCUUCUGAAGAUCGUAUUUUAGUGGUAGGGGCAACAAAUCGGCCACAAGAAAUUGAUGAGGCUGCCCGUAGAAGAUUGGUGAAAAGGCUUUAUAUCCCCCUCCCAGAAGCUUCAGCCAGGAAACAAAUAGUAAUUAAUCUAAUGGCCAGGGAGCAGUGUUGCCUCAGUGAAGAAGAAAUUGAACGGGUUGUACAGCACUCUGAUGGGUUCUCUGGAGCAGACAUGACACAGCUUUGCAGAGAAGCUUCUCUUGGUCCCAUUCGCAGUUUACAGACUACAGACAUUGCUACCAUAACACCAGAUCAGGUUCGACCGAUAGCUUAUACUGACUUUGAGAACGCUUUUAGAACUGUGCGGCCUAGUGUAUCUCCCAAAGACCUAGAGCUUUAUGAAAACUGGAACAAAACUUUUGGUUCUGGAAAAUAAGUGAGACACUUGAAAUGAAAAGAUGACAUCUUUACAGUCUUUGUCACUUUUCAGCAUAGGAAAUGGGGGCAUGUUAAUUGUAUUCUUCAGAAUAUAUGCUAAAAUCUGUACCUUAGUAGCUCAAAUUUUAUAACUGAUUGAGAUAACUGUGUUAAUAUGUUAUAUUUGGCUUCUAGUUAUUGACUGAUAAAAACAAUAUGAGGAUGAACUUUGUUUCAUUUUUAAGAAAUGUUUAUUUAGAAGGUGUGUAAAAUGAAUUACUGGUUAAAUUUGAAACUUAAAAUCUGGAGUUUAUGAGGAUGUGUCUGGUUAAUACUCAUUGUACUGAAGACAGUACCUUAUGAAAGUCACAUAAUUCUUAAUGUUGGCCAGUGUGAUGGUUUAGGUUUUAGACAGCAUUUCUUACUGUUAUUUAAGUACAUUAAGAUCUUACCAAAGUCUAGAGAGAAAGUGUAAGGUUUUACUCUGUUCUGCUGGCUUAUAGCCGAGGAUUUUCUUCCCUUACCAGGACUCUAGUAAAAUGUUCAGAGAUAGUAAGGCAUAAUCUUCACUGAAAGAAAUGUGUGUUUUCUUUUUGUUUGUUUUGUUUUUUAAUGUGGGA